AUGGGCGCCUACGAGUCCAACCUGGACGAUAUCCUGGCAGAGGACAUGCACCACUGGUACAACAAGUUUAUGAAAGAGUCUCCUUCGGGACUCAUCACGUUGUUUGAGCUGAAGACGAUGCUGGAGAUGCAGGGGAUGACAGAAGAAGCUAGCAGCUACGUGGACCAGGUCUUCUUUACCUUUGACAUGGACGGGGAUGGAUAUAUAGACUUUGUAGAGUACAUAGCAGCAGUCAGUCUGAUGCUGAAAGGAGAAAUCAACCAGAAACUGAAAUGGUACUUCAAACUUUUCGAUCAGGACGGAAACGGCAAGAUUGACCAAGAUGAAAUGGGGACAAUAUUCAAGGCUAUCCAGGACAUCACCAGAUGUUAUGACUCUCCUACGGAGGAGAUUGUGACCCUCAUCUAUGAGAAGGUUGACAUAAAUAACGAAGGUGAGUUGACUCUGGAGGAGUUUAUCGAAGGAGCCAGGGACCACCAAGACAUCAUGGAGAUGUUGGGAAAGAUGAUGGACCUCACCAACGUUCUAAAGAUCAUUGUCAACGGACAGAAAAAGCAGGUCAAAUCACCCGAAUGA